GGGGGUGUCGGUCGUUGGUCCCGCUCGGGCCUGGAGAGUGCGGGCGCUCUGUGCCGGCCCUGCACGCUGGGGUGACCCUGCAUUCCUGCACACACCGGUGGGAUGCGCCUGUCUCCAGGGCGGGCAGGCCUUUUCUGACCUCCCGAGGGGACCCAUGAUGGUUCCGGCGGCUCCAGAUCGGAGAGUAGGAGGGAUCUGUCGUCCAUGUAUGCGUAGAGACCUGGCCUCGGCCCCGCAGGUUGCAAUCCAGGGGUGCCAACACAAAUCUCUUCCUCCAGAGUCAUAGCACAUGUGGAUCUGGAUUGCUUUUAUGCCCAGGUAGAAAUGAUCUCCAAUCCAGAAUUAAAGGACAAACCUUUAGGUGUUCAACAGAAAUACUUGGUGGUUACUUGCAACUAUGAAGCCAGGAAACUUGGAGUGAAGAAACUUAUGAAUGUCAGAGAUGCCAAAGAAAAAUGUCCUCAACUGGUCCUAGUGAAUGGAGAAGACUUGAGCCGAUACAGGGAGAUGUCGUAUAAGGUCACAGAAUUGUUGGAGGAAUUUAGUCCACUUGUUGAGAGACUUGGAUUUGAUGAAAAUUUUGUGGACCUCACAGACAUGGUUGAGAAAAGACUCGAGCAGCUUCCCAGUGACGAGAUUUCAUCAAUGGCAGUGUCGGGCCAUGUUUAUAAUAACCAGUCUGUGAACCUGCACAACAUCACACACGUGCGGCUUGUGGUGGGAUCGCAGAUUGCAGCGGAGAUGCGGGAGGCCAUGUACGGUCAGCUGGGGCUCACAGGCUGCGCUGGGGUGGCUCCUAAUAAGCUCCUGGCAAAGUUAGUUUCUGGUGUCUUUAAACCAAAUCAGCAGACCGUCUUACUCCCCGAGAGCUGUCAAGAUCUCAUUCACAGUUUGAACCACAUAAAGGAAAUGCCUGGCAUCGGCUAUAAAACUGCCAAACGUCUGGAAGGGCUGGGAAUCAGUAGUGUUCAUGAUCUCCAGACCUUUUCACUCAAAGUGUUAGAAAAGGAACUAGGAAUUUCAGUUGCUCAGCGCAUCCAGAAGCUCAGCUUUGGAGAGGACAACUCUCCUGUCACACCCUCAGGGCCACCGCAGUCCUUUAGUGAAGAAGACACAUUUAAAAAGUGCUCCUCAGAAGCAGAAGCUAAAGCUAAGAUAGAAGAGCUGCUCUCCAACCUUUUGAACAGAGUAUGCCAUGAUGGAAGGAAGCCCCAUACGAUAAGAUUAGUCAUCCGCCGGUAUUCUGACAAACAGUGUGGCCGUGAGAGUCGUCAGUGCCCUAUCCCCUCCCACGUCAUCCAGAAGUUAGGCACAGGAAAUUAUGAUGCAACAACUCCCCUGGUUGAUAUCCUUAUGAAGCUGUUCCGAAAUAUGGUAAAUGUGAAGAUGCCAUUUCACCUCACUCUUCUAAGCGUGUGCUUCUGCAACCUGAAAGCACUGAAUGCUGCUAAGAAAGGGCCCAUGGACUGCUACCUCACGUCAUCGCUGUCAACCACGUGCCACUCCGGCAAGCGCAGCUUUAAAGUGAAGGACACACACACCGAAGACUUGUACAAGGAGAAAGAAGCAAACUGGGAUUGUCUGCCGAGUAGAAGAAUUGAAAAUACGAGAACUGGGGAGUCUCGCAUGGAUGCCGCAUGCCUUUCUAAAGAAAAAGAUACAAGUGACUUCCCCUUCCAGUCACUUCCCGAGGGGGUUGACCAAGAAGUCUUUAAGCAACUUCCAGCAGAUAUUCAAGAAGAAAUCCUUUCUGGAAAAUCUAGAGAAAAUCUUCAAGGGAAAGGAAGUUUAAAUUGUCCAUUACAUGCCUCUAGAGGAGUAUUGUCUUUCUUUUCUACAAAGCAAAUGCAGGCCAGUUCCUUAAGCCCCAGAGAUACUGUGGUUACUAGCAAGCAGGUAUCAGCUGGGUCUCCCUGUGAGCCGGGAACGUCAGGCUUGAGUACCAGCACUUCCUCCCACCCAUCAAGCGGAAAGAAUUGUUCCUACUAUAUAGACAGCCAGUUAAAAGAUGAACGCAUGAGUCAAGGACCUAGAGAGUCUCAAGGAUUCCACUUUUCCAAUACAAACCCUGCUGUUUCAGUUUUUCAUUCGUUUCCAAAUUUGCAGAGUGAACAGCUUUUCUCCAAACACCGCCCUGCAGACAGUCACAAGCAGGCAGCCUCCACCUCCCACCAAGGACUGGGAGAAAACAGAGAGCAAGAUUCUGCUGAUGAAAGAAUUAUUUUCCCAUCUGACAUUGAUCCUCAAGUUUUCUAUGAGCUACCAGAAGAGGUCCAGAAAGAACUGAUGGCUGAGUGGAAGAGAGCUGGAGCAGAGUUCCACUCUGUGCGUAAAUAAGUGUGCUCAGGAAAAGGUCCAGAAAGCAAGGCAGCCAUCGUUCUCAGACUGCUGUUGAUAAGCUCUUCCUAAUUAAACACCAGUAUUCAAUGAUGUAGAAGCCUGAUGUAAGAUGUAACAGAUAAAGCAAGAAUGGGUGCAGGAAGUAAAUUCUAGUUCAAAGGGAGAAAUAUCUAUAACAUGAUAAUGUAAAAAAAAAAAAUGCUAUCUUCCUGUUAUUUCUACAGCUGUUUUAUAUUACUGUCCAAUAAAAGGAAUAUCAUGGUCAACAAUAGGCUACUUACCAUA